AUGGCGAAUUGGCCUGAAUCAUUCCAGCACAAGCCACUGCAAUUCCGAGCUCCACCUCCGUCGCCGGUUGCUUCUGGACGUCGAUCUUCCGUUACAAACGAUGAGAUUCUCACAGAAUUUCUCCACCGUUCGCUUAGUGUACCUGAUCUCGUCCUACCCGAUCGCCUACAAAAAUCGAAGGUUCAAAACCUCCCCAAACUCGACUACAAAUUACUUCAAUCGUUGGAAGGUGUCAACGUUACCGACAUACUUGAUUUGAUUUCACGAACCGGUUGCUUUCAGCUCGUUAACCAUGGAAUCUCCAAUCAACUUGUUCGUUCUGCGGCCAAUUAUGGCGCCGAAAUUUUCGAAUUAUCACCGGAGAAAAAAGCUUUUCUGUUAAGAUCUGCUGAUAGGAUGUACGGUUUCGUCGAGUUUAAUGGCGAAGAGAAGGAAACGAGUGAAGAGUUCGUAUGGUGUAGAGACGAUGCGUUGAGGUCGAAAAUGGAGGAAGCUCUUCAAAAUUCACAUUUCAGCGUGAACCUUGAGAUCCUUACAUCCGUCAUCGAGAAAAUAGCAGAAAUCAUCCUGAAAUUUCUAUCCAAGAACGGUCCACCAAAAUCAGGAUUCAACGACGAUGAAGGAGCAAGUGAGAAACAAACUGGUGGAUCAAUUUGUUACGUUCAUAGACACAAUCCAGAUCUGAAGAAAUUUCAAAGUAAUAAUCACCAUACGAACUCUAUGAGAUACGAUAUGAUACGAAUGCUGAUUAGAGGAUCCGAACAUUCUCACACGCUAUGCCUUCAUGUAUGCCAUGGAUCCUCUGAGUUCCAUGUUUAUUCUAAGAAAGGUUGGGUGACGUUUCUCCAUGAGAAAGAUGCCUUGGUCAUCACCAUUGGUGAUUUAUUAAAGAAAUGGAGCAAAGGGAAAUGUAAGCAUGUAAUGGGGAUGCCACUCUUCAAAGGGGAAGAGGAUCAUAUUUCAAUGGCUUUUUUGUACAACUCUCCAUCUCCACCCAUACCCAUCAACAUGAACAAGAAGAUGACUAUUUCUAUUGGUCAACAAGUUUUGUUGAUUUUGACUUUGACCUUAUUUUAUAUGAUUUUAUUGUAA